GGCUACUGGGAUAGGAUAUUGGGGCAUUUUGGGCGUUUUGGGCGAUAAGUGGAACACACCUAUUAUAACAAAGUGGAAAAUUAAAAAUUUGCCGGCUAACUUUACGACAGUCAAAUUUCGAAAGUUAAUAAAAAUUAGAAAAGCGCAAAUAGUUCGGCUAAAUUUACGGAGGUGACCGUGCAUCGAACCAUGGCUGAAGAGGAGUCAUUCCGUCAUUCCGUUGGCCAGGUUGGGCCAGGCUAGUCUCACUGAAAUAGACGGGUGUCUAGCCGAAAAGAAAACGACUCAUUAAUUUACAAAAAAAGAAAGGCGACGAGUGACAUUCGAUUAAUUGGCUAUUUCUGAAAUAAAAUGUUACUAUCACGAGCUGUUCCGCUAUUCAGAAAAGCCCGACAGAAGUUUUCGGCAAAAAAAUCCGUAGGAAAUGUACUACAACGUUCCAGUCACGGUGGUGGAUAUUUCUAUCGUGAAAUUCCGGAUCCACCCAAGGUAGAUAUUAUCUUCGCUGAGAUCUUUGGGGGCAUAAUGUGGUGGUGGAUAUUAUGGAAUUGUUGGCACGAUUUCGGUCACAUUGUUGGUGAGUACGAUUAUCCAGAUCCAGCAAAAUGGACUGACGAAGAAUUGGGAAUUCCUCCUGAAGAUUGAAUAGGAUAUGCUACAUGAGGCCCAAUCUAAACAAUCUUAUAACCAUCAGAUUCUAUAGAUUUUCUUGUCAUUAAUUCUGUAUCAACAGGUCCUGUAGGUGCAACUCAAAUUGUACAUUGUUUUUUCUGACCUCAUUAAAUGUCUUUAAAUCUA